UCAGAUUUUUACGCCGAGCAUUGGCAUAUGAACUUCGUUCCCUGCGCAGCUCGGCUCUCCAGAUGUAUUUUAUCAAGAGUUGACUUCCGGGAACCGAGAGAAUAUCGAGAAUGAAGAUUUUUGGUGAAUCUUCAUUUUAUGACUCUACUUCGAUUCUGAGCACUCUAACCAGUGUAAGGAGCUCUACGAGGUUCCCGGCGGUGACCAGGUGAGUGCCCCUUGUGUGUGGUGCCAUGACAACGCAAUUUUGUACCUCGUCGACUUCUACUGUGUAUGCCAUGUCCUAUCCCGUUUCUUCUUUCCCAUCCGCGUCGUGGCGGCGGAGAGCGAGAAGGCUGAGACUCGCCAUGUUUCGACAAGCCCUCUUUGACAUCCAUACUCUGCAGUGCGUUCCAGUGGGGAUGCAGUCUCCAGGGGUGGUGCAGUCUCCAGCCGUGGUGCAAUCUCCAGAGAUCCGUGUGCUAGAGGCUCUGGGUGUGAUGACUGAGUCAUUCGACGGAGUCGCUAAACCCGAUGGGCCAACUGAUCGUGGGAAAGCUUUCUCGUCUUAUUCUGUUGCUUAUUCUCCAGAUGCGGUGCAGUCUCCAGAUGGUGUGCUGGGUUCUGUUUCUUUUCUUCCUGGUGUUCAGAAUGAGGAGCUGCAGGACGAGGAGUUGCAGAAUGAGGAUUUGCAGAGUGAGGAGGUGCUGAAUGAGCAGUUGCAUUAUUCUCAGCAUACUGUCUCUUUGGAUUCCAGCUCUGAAGUUUGCCACGCUUCAUCUCCGGACGCUCUGUCGGAUUGUCUUGGGAAGGCUGGGCAGGAAGAUCUUAAGGUGAGGAAGGAGGUGGUGGAGUCUCCUGAUGUGGUGCAGCCUCGAGAUUCUGUUGAUCCAAGUGUUCUGAAAGAGGAGUUGCAUGAUGAGGAGUUGCAGGGUGAGGAGUUGCAGAAUGAGGAGUUGCGGAAUGAGCAGUUGCAUUAUUCUCAGGUCUCUGUUUCUGUUGAUCCAGGUGUUCUGAAAGAGGAGUUGCAUGAUGAGGAGUCGCAGGGUGAGGAGUCGCAGAAUGAGGAGUUGCGGAAUGAGCAGUUGCAUUAUUCUCAUCAUAAAGAUUCUAUGGCUUCACACCCUGGGAGUUCCACGUCUGGGAGAUUAUCUAAUGCAGUUGUGAGUUCAGCAGUGACGGAGGACGAGUGUCAAGCUGCCAGGGACUGGGCCCUUGCCGGUGUCGAUGUCAGUGCCCUUUGGCGUGAGCUACACCGACUCCCGAGACAUGAGUUUCAGCGUAGGACUGAGGCUUUUCAUGCAUACAGGCUGCAAAUGGGAAUUGAAAGUUCCGAGGAGGAUGAUUUGCAACAAGGGGGUCCUCAGAGUUCUACUUCCAUGAGUGCAUUGACGCGGAGCGGCAAGAAGCAUCGGAAACGGCACAGAUGAUGCACAUGUGAUUGAUCCUGCACGUAUGUUUUUGACAUUGCGUUGCCUUUCUUCAUGCCUGUGUGUGUUGUCGUGCAUGCGCGUGUGUUGAAUAAGAGCUUCGCCUGAUCCCUUAGGUCAUUCGUUGCUUCCUUGAUUUGAGUGCUCAUUGACCUUUGAACGUGGCUUUCCGUGAUUUGUCACGUGGUGCCUCAAAGUAGGCCUUUGAUCUGGUCGACACCAGGUUUCACUUAGACAUGGUUUCACACGUCCAGGUUUCACUUAGGCCUGGUGUCAAAGCACACUCGCUAUCUCAGUUCUCUUAGUUUCGUGUUCUUUCUCAGUGGUGUUGAGACGGUAAUCGCUGUAUAAACCAGUUGUUACUGUAUGGUCUCUCACUGCUUCUUGCUGUCUUGUACAGCUUCUUUGAUCAUCUUUGUCAUUUUGUAUUCUAGUGUAUUGGCAGUCUUGUGCAUAUUUGUACAGCUUCGCUGUUUGAUGCACCUCUGCUUUAAUCUUUGCAGCUUCGCUGUCUUCCUGUACAGCUUCGCUGUUGAGGUUCUUUGUGUUUAGGCCUGCUCCCAUGGGAGCUCGAACCGGCCUUCGCAAAAGACGCAGAAGACCAGGUUGACGGUUUACCGCCGGCGCCAGUACCUCGUAGAGCUCUUCGGCAUCGAUGAGCUCGAGGAAUUCCGGCGCGGGGUGGAGCUAGUUGGCCGACCCGGCCUAAAGAGACAAAGUGGUAACUUUGGGUCGGUUUUGCUCAGAUUUGAGAGAUAUUUGACCAU